CGGCAGCGGAAGAAGAGACAACACCCUUCUCACUGCACACCUUCGCUGCACACGUUGCUUGGCUUCUGUGGUGAUGACGGGGAAGAAGGCCCGGUGCCUCCAGUGCCCCACACCAGCAUCUCGCGAGACGGAGGAGAUUGCCCUCGAGGACGUGGCUUUUGGACCCCUGCGAAAAAAAGAGAACGGACAUCUGUACUAUGCAACCGCUGCUCUGCCGGGAGGCCCGCGGCUUCGUGUUGGGGAAGUGACGCUGAUUCCGUUUCAAGAAGAAGGCCUUGGAGUGCCAACAGCAGCAUCGAACAACGAUUUACUGGCCGAUGAGGCCCUGGCCGAGAUUCACAGCAUGUGGUAUUGCAAGAAGAAUCGCAUGCCAUACGCAGAGGUUCGCUGGUACUUUCGACCCGAGGAGCUGGAAGAGGCAACUGGACCUCGUCCGCCAGCCCACCACAUGAUCAAAGGCAACGUCUAUGAUGAAAUCCCACUGCACUGCUGCCGAGCAGCGUGCGAGUUGAAGAGAAAGGUGGUGCCUCGAGCCACACUGAAGGAGCGAGGGCAACGCCAGCUCGUGUCGAGUAUGUAUUUGGACAAGAACGACCAUCUUCGCCCCAUGCAGAAAUAUGAGUUCCUGCUCUGUCCGACGGUGGAAGUGCUUGAAGAGGAGCAGCGGAAGAGCAACACACCGCGGCGGGCGCGGGCUCACCGAUCACGAUCGCAUUCGCGGCGGAGUCGGCGGUCCGAGAACGGACGGAACGGGCGGACGAAAUCGCAGACGAGCACAGGCAGCAGCGGUGUGGCAGGAGAGAGCCCCGUGAAGGAGGUGUUCUCGCCAUCAUCAAUGGCCAGCGAAGGUGAUGAUGAUGAUGAGGAGGAGGAUGAGGAUGUGGAGGAGGAGGAGGAAGCCCGUGGUGUUGAUAGUGAUGUUGAUAACGAUGAGGAUGAGGAGGAUGAGGAUGAGGAGGUGAUGCCAGUUGCAAAGCGAGCCAAGACGGCAGCGGUGGCGUUGGGCCAACAGGGCAAAAGCAAGCUGGUGGGGAGCAGCGAAAGCGAUGAGGACUAUGAUGACGACGACAUGGACGUUGGCAGUGAUGGUGGUGAGGAUGAGUCUGAGGAUGACGGUAGUGACAAAGCGGCUGCAGCUGCAAGGCGUCGGCAGUCUCUGCGAUCGGCAACGCAACGACAACGACACGCCGGUGAGCAGGACGACGAAGAACAACAAGGGCUUCGGCGAUCGACACGUUUGUGGAAGCAGCAGCAGCAGCAGCAACAGCAGCAGAAGCAACAGCAGCAGCGACGGCAACGUGCCGAUGCUGGCGAGCCAACGUCUGAAGAGAAGAAGACAGACCCAAAGGAGGCACGAGCAGCAGAGAGGAAAGGCGGGACAGAGGAGGAAGCAGGUGGCGUGAUGGGUUCUGGCGGUGGCCGUGGCAGCUUGCCCAGUGGCACAGGGAACGUGUUUGCGAUGCUCAAGAUGCACGCGCCGCUGGCAGUGAAGGAGGAAGCAGCCGUGGACGGGCGAGAGGCGAGCGCACAGGGCGCGGAGGAGGCGGGUGCUGGGGAGACGAAGCAACGAGACAAGAGGGGGAAGAAAGAGAAGAAGGAAAAGAAGGAGAAGGAGAAGAAGAAAAAGAAGAAGAAAAAGAAAAAGAAGGAAGGGAAAGACAGGCAAGAGAGCAGAGAGGACAGAAGGGCGCGAAGAGAAAGAGAACGGGCGGAGAAGCGGGCAAGGCGGCAACUUCGACGAGAGCUGAAGCAACGCGUGAAGACAGAGCCGAUAAUGGACUUUGAGGAGCCCGUUACCAGAGAGCGCGAGGAGCCAGCACAUGCACCUAUCAAGGCAGAGGAGGUUGUAGAACCCGAGCCACCGGCCGUGACCGAGGAAGCACACGUGCGGCCGAGCCAUGCGGCAACAAGCACAACUGCAAGUACGACAGCACUCGCGUCGCCACCACCACCCGCACCGUCCACUCCAGCAGCAGUACCACCAACCGCAACGCCAUUCACUGCAGCAGCAGCAGCAUCGGCUGAUGGGAAUGUGGUGUCUGGUGUGGCGGGUGCUGCUGCCAUGGGCAAAGGCGUGGUGAAGAAAGAGGAACAGGUGACGGAAGAUGAAGAUGAGGAGGAAGAGGAGGACUUGGUGGUGGACGAUACGGUUGUUCCGUUCCUGCAGCGCACACUGUCGCAUGUGGGCCAGGAGGGGCUGGGUAGCGGCGGCCCCAGUGGCAGGGAUGCCAGGAUGGCCCAGCGGCUGCAGCCUGCACUGGAAUGUGUUCGUCGCCUCACGCAAUCCGUCCUCCUCCAACAACCGCCUCUUUCGGCCUCACAGCAGCAGCAGCAGCAGCAGCAGCAGCGCCGUCAAUGAAUGACGUUUUGUGUUUGUGCGCGCGCCUAAUGUGUGUGCGUGUGUGUAUGAUGUGUAUGUGUGCAUGUGUGUAUGUGUGUGUAUGUGUGCGUGUGUGUGUGUGUGAUGUGACAGAGAUGCGAG